AUGGACAAAGCAGCAGCCGCCGCCCCCGCAGCCCGCGGACAGCAGCAGCAGAUCACCCAGGCGCCGCCCCUGGACCGGCGGCGGUCUGACGCGGGCGGCGGGCGGCCCUGGUGGUCCUUCCUCGUCUGCGGUGCUUGCGGGCCCGCGGCGCCGGCGCCGGCGCCGGCGUCACUCUCUUUCGAGCUGCAGCAGCGCGACACCCAGCCAGAUGCGGCGCCUGCCCCCGCGCGGCGGCAGCGCCGCGCGGCCAACAGUGCGUUCAGCGUGUACGGGGCGCCGCGGCGCAGCGCGCUGCAGCCCCUCAAGAGCACCUUCUCCGACGACCAGUGGUUUGACGCGCUGAGCGUGGCCGACCCGCACUCCGAGGCGGGCCGCGCGCUCAACGCCGAGCUGGAGGGCCUGAUGCGCGACAUGCCCACCAUCGGGGAGGCGCCCCCCGUGCAGCAGCCGGGGCCGCAUGUGCCGGACCCACCCCUCGAGUUUGCCAGCAAGGACUUUGUGUACAUCCCAGUGCCGAAGCAGGUGCCCCACGCGGGCUACUGGAUCAAGGACUUGUCGCGCACCACGGCCAACCCCCAGCCGAUCGACGUGAUGCUGGGCCUCAGCGGCAUGGUGGCCAAGAUGCACGAGAGCAUACCCGGUGUAUGGCUUCAAGACUCGCCAGAGACGGUCAACAUGGUCUGUAAGCCGCGCUCGGUCCCGCUGGGCCCGCUGUCGCGCUACGUGGAGACCUUCAACAAGGACUGCUCUGACUCUUUCUGGAGCAUGCGGCGUGACGUCAAGAUGGGCCGCAGCGUGGGCCAGCUCUUCUACACGGCCUGCGGCACGCUCAUAUUCCGCGUCUACGCCAAGGGCCUGUGGGGGGACGCCGUGGAGUGGGUGUGCGAGGAGUACAGCCGGCUGGAGGACGACGAGGGCAACACCAUCAUCAGCCGCCAGUGCUGCAAGCACAUGGCCAGCGGCAAGACGGCCACUCAGUACCUUGUCGGCGACUGGGCGGGCGACACGCCGCCGCCGGGCCACGUGUGA